AUGGACGGUGGGGAGUUAGUUCCAACAGCUCUCUCUCAGGGAGAGUCCUACCACGUCUUCUGCACUUACAGCAGCACUGACUACCAAUGGACACACACUCUCAUACAGCAGCUGGAGCAAAGUGGUCUGAGAGUGUGUGACCAUGAGAGAGACUUCACUGCCGGACGUCCCAUCCUUAACAACAUGUCUGAGAGCAUCCAGAAGAGCCAGAAGGUGCUGCUGGUCCUGAGUGCAGAGUUUGUGCGAAGCCGCUGGUGUCUGCUGGAGGCCAACAUGUCCAUGUUCAGAGACUGUCUCCAGAGGAAGCCCAUAGUGCCAUUGCUGCUGCAGAGGGACCUGCCCAUUCCCCUGCCCCUGGCCCACCUCACCUACCUGGACGUCCACCAGCCCGACUUCAGACAGCAACUGAUGCGAGUCCUGUGUACGCCCAACCAGGAGAUGCAGGGCUCCACUGUAGUGCCCUACCAGCCUCCCUCCUUCUAUAAUGGAAAAAGCCUGGAGCCUUUGCCUGCAGUUAAUGAAGAGCAGUUGAAUCGAGAUCAUUUCAAAUCCUUUGACUGUGGGGAGUGGAGUGAGAGUGUACCUGAGCAACUUCGUCUGAUUAUUCAGCAACCAGAGGUCUACCAACAGGCUAUACAGAUAAUCAACACAAAUGAGAAACAUCGUAUUAUGCGUGAGCUUCAGAAGGCCGUGGGUCAGGCCAACAGUCUCCUGUAUGAGCAGAACGUCCUGAUCGGGGCUCAGUCCAACUCUAAACUGCUCCUGGUGUAUGUGAGUGUGGAGAGAUGCAGACAGGAGCUGAGUGGACACGACCAGGACCAAGAGGUUUUUUAUAAAGCCAUUCAGAAAUACUCCUGUGACUACACAUGCCGCCUCUCGAAUGCUCUCCUUCCCUUUGAAACCACCUCCACUGACGGUCACCUUGAGGGAGGCGUGUGCUUCUGUGAGUUUGUCAUGAACCAGAUGUUGUUGGGAAAAACCAGGUUUUGUUGUUGCUGCAUGAGUGUGUUCUCUGCAUUUUCACUCUGGUAA